AUGGCGCGAGGAGAGAUGGACCAGGCGCGCCCGGGGGACACCCUUUUGGUGAUCCACGAAUUUAACGCGCGGAGCCCCGACGAGUUGACCCUCAAGAGAGGAGACCGCAUAGAGCUCAUUGAGCGCGAUGACGACUUUGGCGACGGAUGGUUUCUGGGAAGGCACUCGCAGAAUGGAGCCACCGGCCUGUUCCCAGAGGUUUAUACACAACUGGCUCCGCGGCCGAGCUUCACUUCAAACCUGCACGCGCGCCCCGCUCCGCAAUACCACGCGUCCCCCGUCCACUCUCUGAACGGGAAAUCGUCUGAACCCGCUCUCGCGACCAUCCAGCGCGAGGAAUCCCUGGUAGAGCCUCUCGCCGCUUCAUUCCACGACUCCUCGGGUCAGAGGUCAUCGUCGGCGCCGAUAGCGCUUCAACCGGGAGGGAAGGCUACGCCGUUUGCGCACACAAUAUCCAUACCGCCGGCGUCGCAAAAAGGUUCGGCCAUGGGGAAUCAGGCUAGCCCUGUUAUGAACGAAACCCUAAGCGUUAUCGACGAGCAUUUGACCGAUAUCCACACACCUCGAACCAGUGGCCCCGCCGGUGACAGGCGCCCAACAAAUGACAGUUCGAGCGAGUAUAGCAGUCACGUCGAUCACCGCCUGUCCUACAUCAACGGCACCGAGACGGACGAAGAAGAACAGAGCAUGUACACCCUCGCCGAGGUCCGAAGCUGGUCGCCCGAGCGAGUCGCGGAGUGGCUAGAGGACGUAGGCGUGGAGAAGCGCCAUUGCGAUGUGUUCAGGGAGCAGGAAAUCUCGGGCGAAGUGCUUUUGGGUAUGGAUCAGCCAACAAUCUUCAUGAAGGAAUUCGACCUGGGUCCCAUUGGACCACGUCUGCGAACGUGGCAAAAGAUCAAGGCCUUACAACAAGAAGUCAGCGACGUACAGCCUGGCGCAGAACAAGCCGAACCCGAUCACAGCGCGACCAAAGCAGCCCGACACCGCAGCUCCUCGAUAGGCACGGUACUCCCACGGAUCCCGAGUUUGAUGGAUCCGAAGAGCGCUAGGCCGUCAAGUAAACAACAGCUCUCCAGAGCGAGUUCGCAGGCGCAAUCGGGCAGGUUAGGCAGUGGGGUCGCUCCUUCCUCUCCCGCAACUCCUGGAUUGGGGCACUCGCGACGUCCCUCGGCCGCGUCGGUACGCGAAUACAAUCAACACCGCCGACACUCUUCCAUCGAGUUCACGCCAGAACCUGCAACGCCAACCACCAUUACCACGAAACCCUUGACUGCGUCACCUACCGCACAUCGCAAAAUUCCAUCGUUCGAUCGUGGCUGGAUCAUGGGCGAUCCCAAGCCCCCGUCGCGCCCGGCUUCUUCCGCGCAAAUGCGACCAACCACCGGUGAGGAGAGUCCUGGGGAAAAUGUUUUGGGGCCUAAUGAUCUUGACCGUGGCUAUUUCUCAGGAAACGAGGCCGAAACACGCAAACACAGAAACGUUCUCCGAAAGAGCCACAGCCCCACACGUUCGCGCACGGGCAGCAUCAGCAUAGACGGAAGGCGCUUAUCGGCAGCGUUUGGAAAGAGGCACUCCAGAGUAGGAAGCAAAGACUCAAACAACGAGAAUGUCGAACCCACCAUUUUCAUCGACGAUAUCCAGUCGAGCCCGAGCCCGCGGAGCAAGAGCGCCCGUGCGGCCAGCGGUCCCGAGCUGAGGACCGGCUCUCCCAGAAUCACAAAAGACCGCUCCCAGACAGUCACCAAGCUGGAUUACGGCGCACCGAGCAUAGACGCCAUAGCAUCCUCGCCAAAUCUCGUCGGCAGCGACACCGAGUCCAACGGACGCGCCUCCCCACCACCGGCAAUCGCACGGCAUCCCAAGCAGCGCGCGACCGGCCUUCGCGCAAUCUCCGACGCAAUAUCCGGCAACAUGCUCUCUCUCGGCAGCAUAAGAAACGCCCCCGCUUCACCUACCGUCAAGGACGCACCCCCGAGCUCUCCCGCUCGCACGGGAUCCAGCACGCCCUCGGCGACAUCAAAAAGCUUUGAACUCAACGAACCACCGCACGAGGUUCUUCGGUCCGCCACUGGUAAUUCCAUGACCCCCAGCACGAGCUCUGGCGGAAACAACAACGGCAAGAAGAAGUCGAAGAAAGAAACCAGCGCCUACCAGAGGGGACUGGAACAAAAGUCGCCGCAGGAACAGAUAGAUGGUGCUGACUACAGUGGUUGGAUGAAGAAAAGAUCGUCUAACAUUAUGGCCACGUGGAAAACUCGAUUGUUUGUGCUCCGCGGCCGACGGUUGUCGUACUAUUAUUCUGAAUUCGAUACCGCCGAGAAAGGUUUGAUCGACAUUUCGGGCCAUCGCGUGCUGCCCGCCAACAAUGAGCGCAUGGCGGGGCUCCACGCCGCCGUGACCGGCGCCAAGUCAUCCCCCACGUCCCCUCAAAACGCUUCACUGGCGACGGCGGCGUCCACGGACGCGGCCAACGCGCUGGACCGUCAGGAUGAUGCUUCGGGUAUGUUCAUCUUCAAGCUCAUGCCGCCGCGAACCGGCCUGUCCAAGGCAGUCAACUUUACGAAACCGACCGUUCACUACUUUGCGGUCGACAACGUGCAGCAAGGAAGGCUUUGGAUGGCCGCGCUGAUGAAGGCGACGAUUGAUCGAGACGACACUAAAGAGGUCGUCAGCACUUACCAACAGAAGACCAUUUCGCUCGCCAAGGCGCGGCAGAUGCAGCAGCGACCGCCUAACCUCAUGGGCGAGGAUGGCGAGGAGGACGAUCGGAUUGAAGAAGCGCCCGAGGAGGAAGACGCGGGCUUCACGAUAGCGGGCGCUGACCAAGCGGAGCCGUCGCUGCGAGACACGGUACGCUCGAGCAGCAUUGAUGCCAGCGACGCCACGACGGGAGCGGCCCCCGAGUCUACCACGACGACGUCGCUGGCAAGUGAGACGGAGCAGAAGGAGUGA